CAGAAUUUUCAUUUUUUGGGUGAACCAACACAUUACUAAUACAUUUCCUUAGAAUGCAUUUCUCAUAAUGGUGUCAUUUCAGCAUCUACCAGCAGGGGCUAACUAGACCAUGAUGUUAACCAACCUGUUUUAAAAAUAACAUAUGAGACAAAAAAAUAUCACAAAAACAAAAAAAAAUAGCACAGAUCGCAGUGAGAAUUAAACAGCAGUGUAUGGAGAAAAGAGAGAAGCCAUAAGGAGUGUGUGGUGUGGGGGUGUGUUUUCCUGAUCCGGCCUACAGGAUUAAUCAGGUGAGAGGAGGCCGACAGAUAGAGACGUGGCCCAUCCUGCCCUCACAAUCCUCACAUCACAGAGUUGAAGAGCUGUUUGUGGACAUGGGCCUGCGCUGGCUGUGGAGGCACCGGGUGAGGGCUUUACUGGCAGUGCUGGUGAUCUUCCUGCUGCUCACGCUCCUGGCCACACGAUCUCUGCAGAACAACAGAACUCAUGGACUGAGACCUACAGCAGACAGAAGGAACCAGAGAAAAGCUGCCGAGAAACACACACCAAUCCCACACCAACCAGCCAAACACACACCGGCCGCCAGAGCCGAGCGGCAGAGAGCACACCCACCCGUGGUCUUCCUUAAAACACACCGGACGGGAGGAAGCACUGUGCAGAACAUCCUGUUUCGACUCGGGGAAAGAGAGAGCUCCACUUUUGCCUUUCCGUACCGCACAUACCAGUUUAACUAUCCAGACAGAUUUAGAGUGGCGUUUGUAGACGAGAUGCCCGAGGGUUCGUCUCAGUUUGACUUGCUGUGCAGUCACAUGCGUUUGGACCUGCCCCAGGUGAGGAAGGUGAUGCCCCAGAACGCGGUCUUCAUCACGCUGUUACGAGACCCAAUCAAGACCUUCGAGUCGGUCUUCAGAUACCACACCUCCACCGUGCCAGCAUUCUUCAGUGCACACCGAGCCGCUGCCAGUGAAGGCAAACCUGCGCUCAAGGUGUUCCUGGACUCUCCGGAGACUUUCUGGGACCCGAAAGAACCCCGGAACGGACUAGCCAAGAACCCCAUGAGCUUUGACAUGGGGCUCAACAACCAGAAGUGGAACGGCUCCUGGCCGGAGGACCUGGCCCAGCUGGAGGAGGCCUUUCACCUGGUGAUGAUUGCCGAGCACUUUGAUGAGUCCCUGGUUCUCCUGGGAGCUCUUCUUGGACUGGAGCAUGAGGAUUUGGCUUACCUUCGGCUCAACGCUCGUGCAGGAAACAGCGUGACAGAGCUGGAUGAGAACAUACGGGCGAAAGUGCGAUCAUGGAAUGUCCUGGACACACUUCUCUACGACUUCUUCGUGCAGGUGUUCUGGGAGAAGGCGGCUCAGUAUGGGUUGGAGAAGUUGAAAGUGGAGGCGGCGCGACUCAGGGACUCUACGGAGAACAUUCGGCGGAAAUGCGUCUCCAGGGUUGCGGUUCCACCAGCGGAGCUGGAGGACCUGUUGCGCCCGCGGCAAACAGAGUCAGUCACCAUCGUGGGAUACGAGGUGCGGGGGAACCUCUCGCUGCAGGAUCAGGGGUUCUGCGUUCGGAUGAUGCUGCCUGAGCUUCAGUAUCACUCACACUUGUACUUCAAGCAGUACGGGAGAGAUAUGAGAGCUGCUCCAGCUGACUGAACCCUGAAAUGGUCCCAGGCCUGGUUUUGGCCAACGGCGCUCCAGAAGCUCUUCGCAGACCAAGUCUGGUGGAGUCGAACCAAGAUGAAAUGACUGCACCAUCUGAACUCCAGUCCUGGAUAAAACAUCUAUAUCAAGGAUUUGCACGUGUUUAACUGGGAUCAGACACUCUUGGUAGUCCACUCAUACAGUACAGCCUUCCCGCAAACCAGAGGUUUAUCCUCCUGCUCCUGGAGGGUCACUUUAUGCUGCCUUUACAUGCGAUCGGAAACUUCAUAUUUCCCACUU